UGUGCUUGCAAAAAUGCAAAAUGCAAAUGCAGUGCAAAUAAAUAAUAAAGAUGCUAUCAGUUAUAAAUGGUCAUAACUUAUAAAAUAUGAGUAUAAAGUUAAAAGAACUAAGGGAGCGUUCCCAAAAACGUAAAAAGCUCCUGGCACAAACGCUAGGAGUCUCCAGUGUAAGUGAACUGAGACAGGCGUUGGGAGCUACCGUUGAUGUCCAGCCGAAGAAACAAGUAGUGUCCGAGUACACUGAGGACAAUGAAAAGCCAGCUUCUAAAGAGCCAGACAGCCUGGUCUAUACUGACUCGUCUACAUUCUUAAAGGGCACACAGUCAUCAAAUCCGCACAAUGAUUACUGCCAGCAUUUCGUAGACACUGGCCAAAGGCCGCAGAACUUUAUUCGUGAUGUGGGGCUGGCUGACCGCUUCGAGGAAUACCCCAAGCUGAGAGAGCUCAUCAAACUCAAGGACGAGUUGAUAUCUCGCACUGCCACACCUCCUAUGUACUUAAAAUGUGAUUUGAAGACGUUCGACCUGAAGUCGAUGGGCAGCAAGUUCGACGUGGUGCUGGUGGAGCCGCCGCUGGGCGCGGGCUGGCGGUGGACGGACGUGCAGGCGCUGGACCUGCACCACCUGGCGCAGCCCAGGUCCUUCGUGUUCCUGUGGUGCGGAAGCUCUGAGGGCUUAGACAUGGGCAGGGAAUGCCUGAAGAAGUGGGGCUUUAGAAGAUGCGAGGAUAUCUGUUGGAUCAAGACCAACAUCAAGAACCCCGGCCACUCCAAGAACCUCGAACACAAUGCCGUCUUCCAGCGGACGAAGGAACACUGUCUCAUGGGCAUUAAGGGGACAGUCCGGAGAUCAGUGGAUGGAGACUUCAUACACGCCAACGUGGACAUAGAUCUCAUCAUAUCUGAGGACCCGGAGUUUGGCAGCACCGAGAAACCCAUAGAGAUAUUCCACAUCAUGGAGCACUUCUGUUUAGGACGGAGAAGAGUCCAUCUGUUCGGCAAGGACUCGACAAUUCGUCCCGGCUGGGUCACCAUCGGCCACGAGCUCACCAACUCCAACUUCAACGCGGAGCUCUACGCUUCAUACUUCACUGAAGGCCGGGACACCACCGGGUGCACGGAGCGCAUCGAGGCGCUUCGCCCCAAGAGCCCCCCGGCCACCAACAAGACCCGCCCCCGCGGCAGGGGCGGAUUCAACCGGCGCUCCCGCGGACGCGCCCCUCUAUAGUAUUGUAAUAAACUUUUGACUUUUAGAUAUGUGACUUUUGGUGAAUAUCCAUUUAAAAAUUAUGCCAGCUUAGCAGCAACAUUGUUGAGGAUGGGGUUCAUGGAAAAAAUGAAACUUAUAUACAUCAAUAUAUUUUAUUUUACAUAGGUUGUCUUUAAACCGACUCGACUAUUCUGAACUUCAUCAAAAUAUAAAAAAGACAAAACAAAAAUAUGUUAUAUGAGAUCUUUUACUUACUAAGAUAAGAAAAAUUUACAUAUUUUAAUUAUUGUGGAACUAAGAAAUUCCUUACGAUUCAUAAAAAAAUGUUUAUUAUAGUAUUUGAUUAGGACUUCAUUUGCACAUCGUCAAAUAAUCUUAGAACUCGCAUGCGGAUUCGGAAUUUAAAACGUAAAACUAAUCACAACGAGGCAUAGACAACAUAGAGGCGAGGCCGGGACCGAAUUUGCUACAUUUAAGUUUAAA